UGUUAAUACACCAAAAGUGUGAAUAAAAAUUAUUAUUUCUCCAAAAAGUAUAAUAAAGUUUUGUAUUUGUAGUCGCUGACAACAACAUUCAAACCUCCUCCUGGGUCGCCUUACUUCAAGUUUUGCAGGUUACAUCAUUAAUUAUAGAUGGGAUCUUGUGAUGAUGAGUCUGAUAUAGAGCCUGGCUCAGAGGCUGGAGAGAGUGCUGAACAACAACAUAUCUCCGAGAGAACACUUAGCUCCAGUGAGGGUGAAGAUCACCAGGAGAGAAAUAACAUAAUAAUGCUUCAACACUUCCAGACACCACACCCCAGGCAAAGCCAACAGAAAAUGUUGUGAGAGCUUCCGAGAUGCAGACGGAAAACAUCCAGGGUAUUGAUGACCUCUCCUCAGCUAUCAACAGUCUGGAUGAUCAUGUACAGGCAGGUCUUCAGGAGAUCAGAAACUGUGUUGCCAACCUACGACAGGAGAGAACAGAUCUACAGAAGCGUCUUAAGACUCUUUCAGAUGAAGUAUAUCAUCUCUCAGGAGAGAAAGACAAGUAUCACCAAGCAGUGAGAGACUUACAGCAGGAAGUUUCAUCAUUAAGAGAACACCUCCAUAAUGAGCAACAGAAAAAUGCAGAAGUUGUUGGUAAGAUGAAGCACAUGCAGGAGAAAGAAGAGAGACAUCUUGCGAAGAUUGCAGGAAGGACACGUAGUCAUCGUUUGGCACAAAGUGCAUUUUCUACUUGGAGAAAGAAAGUACUUGAAAGGAACUAUGUCACCACAAUUCAUGAUCUGGAAGAAGAGAACAAGGGUCUUCGUGCAGAACUCCUCAUCUGUCAAGAGGCAGCCAAACAGGCCUUCCUCCGCAGUGCCAAUGUCUUGAACUCUGAAGCCAUUACGAUGUUCCAGGAUGCAGCUACCCGCCGUCUUGGGCUUGAAGAUAAUAUAGAUGAAGGUUGCUUGUCCUCACAGUUGUCAUCUAGCUCCUCCUCCAUACACACAGGCCUUGAGGAGAAGGGUGAAACUGUAUUCAACUCAGCUAACAAAGAAAAUGCUGGAAGGUCUCAAGAUGUGAGAGAGAGUAGAAAAGGUGAAGAAAGAACAAGAAGUGAAGACAAAGAUAUGGAUGGAGAUUUUAUUCAGAUGCAUCAUUCUCGUGCAACAUUAAAACAGACUGACCAUAGUAGGCCCUAUUCAGCAUUUGGUAGAGGUGAUGAUCGUGAGUUCUUAUCUUCACAUCCUGACCCAAAUACCCACCAGAGAGUCAUGUCAGGUCAUCAGAGAUCUUUUCACUAUAGGCCAGGUCUUUCAUCAGUUGGAAAUGAAAGAAGUCAGAGAGACCAACGGACAGAUCAUGGAGCAGUACCAAAGAAAAAACCAGUUAUCUCGGAUUUUAUCCCUUAUUCCCUGCGGCAGGAAACUCGAGCCUUUCUGCAACAACUGCACGAUGAAAGACUGGUUAGACCUGAGCCUACAUUCUCUUCUAGUUAUGAUCCACAGCACACAACACAAGGACACUCUUCCUCUCAAGAUAGCCACAACAUCAAGUCAUGCCAUUGCAGGUCAGGAUAUAUUAGAUCAGCCCACAGCUUUGCUCCUUAUAAAUGCCCAUAUUGUACACCCAUUCAAAAUUCUUCUUUUGGUCAUGCUAAAGACAGUGCUAAAAAGAAACCUGAGAUUAAUGAACCUCCAAAGGGAAAUCAAGUAGCCUCAAAUUUUGCUCGUAAUGUUAUCUUAUCUGGUAUUAAUGCUGACAAGAAAAAAGUUCUUUAUAAACCCAGUGCUUCAACUGUGAUAAUUGAAAAGCAUCUUAAUAAAUGACAUGUUUUUAACAGUGCUGUAUAUUAAAUACAUAGGAGGGGAGUGAACUUUCAUAGCGAUAUGUUCCAUUCCUUGUAGAGCUUUAUGAAGUCUGUGACAUGAUGAAGCUGAAAACAGUAAAAAAUUUAAUAGUAAAAGCUUUUUCUGCACCUGUCUUUUCUUCAUUACUGUUUUUACUACUUUUUUGUAUCCAGGUGUUCACUGAAGGAAUAAUGAGUUGUGAUAAACUAUCAAGUGCUGAGUGAAAGUAUAUUGAGUGCAGAGUGAUGAGAAACUGGGCAAAUAAUGAAGUACUCUAAGAAUACUAGCUUUAUUAUGUAAGAGUUGUGUUUUUAUCACUGGAGGCAAAUACAGAGCUGUACUAAUUUGUAGUAGAUCUGUAUUUUUACUGCUUUUAACAAGUAUUCUUAAGAUGGUGUGAUAAAGUGAUAUAAAGUAUUUUAUAAUUGAUA